GACGCAAAGAACAAGCAGGCGCUGCAGUCUGUCAUUCCUUUGAUAGUGCUGGAAAGCUCAAGUCAAGGACAAACUCCGAGCUUGACAUUGAAUACCGUCAAGAAGCAGUUCAAGACGAUCUUGCAACCAUUCUACAGAGAAGAUCCAGACAUUGUUGAGAUGUUGACAGCAAACCUCAUAGCCAUCGAUCUUCUAGGUGAGCCUAGCAAAGAGUCUGGGAUCAGCAGGCUUGAGGAUCUGAAAGAGGAGCUCUUGUCCUCUCAAAAGUCGAGGAUAGAUGAUGCCGUCUCACUAGGAAUGCCAUUGACUGCAAGGCUAAAGGCACAGACAAGUAGUCUGAUCGCUGUUAUCAAACAAAAAGCGUUGUCUUCCUUGCGUGAUUGUAAAAGUCUUGAAGCCCUUGAAGACGUUUGCAACCUUGAGCGGGAAGUGCUGAAGAAGUUGAAGAAGCUCAAUGUUGGUGGAGCUUAUACUGCCAUGCAGACUAUCUCGACGACAAAGUCUCGCUGCCGCAAGGCCAUUGAAAGCAAGCUCAGACAGAAGGAAGAGGAGGCUGUGUGGAGCUUGUUUUCAAAGAUCAGCGAAGAGCUUGUGCGAUUGCAUGACGAGCUCUCAGAAGGAACGAGCAACUUCAGCGAUGCAAUCCUGCAAGAUGUCAAACACCAGAUCACGGAAAACCAAAACAUCCACGAAACCCUCAAGAACGACCUGCACCAGCAGGCCAAGACAGCUCUGGAGGACUACACGUUCUGGAUGCUCGCAAGAGAGGUAGAAGAGCUUACGAAAGCAGUCAGAGAUGGUGACUUGCCGAGCAAGAGGUCUGAGCUUCAAUCAAAGAUAGAGUCAAGCGAGAUCGAGUCGCGUCUCAAGGACUUGCUCAGGAAGCAUCUCGACCAUGCGUGUGGCGAAGAGAAAGUGGUUUUCGAUUCCAUGGAGGAGCAAAAAGCUGAGAUGGAGAGUUUUCGACAUCUUGUUCGUAAAUCAGCAACCGAGAAAGUGAAGAACAAAGACUACGACUUCAGCGCAGAGGCGAAAAAGAAUCUCAUGGGCAAACAGGGAAAGUCGCUUCGUCGAAGCGUGAGCUCAGAAUACGUACAAAGCGAGGUGAACUUCAUCCUGGAGUCUGCGGGGGUUCGUCUCCAGCAGGCGAAGAGACUCAACGACAUGAGCUUCAACAGAGACCAGCUGAAGGAGAGACAUGCGCUGAUAGUGAAGACACAUGACGCCUUGAACCGGUUUGAAAGUCAAGUGGAACAAUCUGUCUCCGAAGAAACUUUCUUGAGCCCCUCAUGUGAAGAGCUGAGGAGACUUGAGGAGGAGAUAAAAGGGUCAGAUAAGACCAUGGCACUGGACUUUCUCGUUGAGGAAAUCGCAAAGAAGAUAGAUGACGCUGAAAAAUAUAUCAAGAGCGCAAAGCUUGACAACGACGAGAGAAGCUUGCGGGACGAUCUCGAUCAAUGGGGUGAAAAGGUUGAAAAAAAAUGCCUUUAUUGGAGCUGA